AUCAGGAAGUAAGAGAAUUAAAAAUAUAUGUAUCAAGGCAUGAGAAGGAUAAAGACUGUGGCCAUACUCUACUUUUGCAUCCUAAACUUCAGGUACACGCACUGUAGCUCUCCCAGUGAUAGUUUGGAAGUUACAUCUGUGGAGGAUGUUUAUGACUACCUAUGGGAGAACAAUAAAGACAUCGCCGCAAAGACGCUCCAUCUGGACUUUCUGAGGCAAAUGGAGAACGGCACCCUGCAGGCGGAGCGAUACGUCAACUUUACCAUGCAAGACCUAAACUACGCACUGAAAGUUGGCGAUAUGUUGAAGAAAAUGAGUGCAAACGAAUCUCUCCCCAUUGACAUCAAGAAGCUACUAGAAGGCAGAUACGCAAGCUACAGAAAACUGAGCGACUUCAUGAUGAAAAUCUAUUGGUUUGAGGCUGAGCCUCAAAUUCAGCAAACUCCAGCCAUGAGAAAGUAUCUGUCGACCUACACAAACCUCAUGCUAGCUGAAGAGCCAGUGUAUUUUGUAGUGGGUCUUGUGCCAUGUGCUAGACUUUGGGGUUGGUUGGCUAAUAACCUGAACAUUCCUCCAACCAAUGCCUACUUCACCUGGAAGGUGGGCAAUAUGGGCGGCAAUCAUGAGAAACACUAUAAAGCUCUGCUGAACAAGUAUCUGAACACAGCUGAUAGAGUGGCGAAGGCUAAUGCUGUGUUUCAUGCUCAGAUGCAGAACGAGCAUGAUUUCUUCUUAACGUCUUAAGUGGCUGCUGUUG